AUGGGAGUCGAAGAGAAAAAGAGUAGCCCGGAGAAGGCAGAGGGCAGCUCCCCAACACCCUCUGCCGGUGCUGAGAUACCCAAAGAUGCCGAGGACGCAGAAAAGAAAGGGCUGGAUCUCGGCAACUUUUUUGUCUACUUUCGCCUGCUCUUCGCCGCGCAGCCCACCAUCAUCGACGUGCUGCUCAUCAUUGCCGGCACUAUCUGCGCGGCCGCCGCGGGCGUGCCGUUUCCCCUCAUGGGUGUCCUCUUCGGCCAGCUCGUCGACGACUUCAACAGCGCGACGUGCGCGGCGCAGGACGACGGCGGCGGCGCCGCCGGGCAGGACCCGUUCCGGUACGAGUCGGCCAUCAACGACAAGGUGAUCAAGACGGCGUGGAUCGGCGCCAUUGCGCUCGUGCUCAUCUACAUCCACCUCACGUGCUGGGGCGUCAUCAGCCAGCGGCUCGCGCGGCGCAUGCGCAGCCACUACCUCGCCGCGCUGCUGCGCCAGCCGCCGUCCUUUUUCGACACGCGCGGCUCCUCGGGCGAGGUGUCGAGCCGGCUGCAGAGCGACAUUGCCGCCAUCCAGUCCGGCACGUCGGAAAAGGUCGGCACCAUCAUCACCACCUUUAGCUUCAUCAUCACCGUCUUCGUCAUUGCCUUUUCGACCCAGGCCAGUCUGGCAGGCAUCCUCAUCUCCGUGCUGCCCGCGUUUCUCAUCUCGGGCUCGCUCAGCAGCAAGUACAUUGCCCAGUUCAUGGGCAAGCAAAACGACGCCGCCUCGCAGGCCUCGUCGAUUGCGUCCGAGGCGCUCUCGCACAUCCCCGUCGUUCAGGCGUUUAGCGCCGCCGCGCGCCUGGAGAAGAUGUUUACCGACUUCAUGGUGGAUGCCCGCAGCAACGCCAUCAAGAAGGCGGCCGUCGCCUCGGUGCAGACCGGAUUGCUGUACUUUAUCGCGUAUGCGGCGAAUGCUUUGGCGUUUUGGCAGGGCAGCAUCCGCAUCGCCAAUGCUGCCGCGAGCAACAGUGGCGGAUCCUCGAUUGGUCAGAUCUAUGCUAUUGUGUAUCUUCUCAUUGAUGCGUGUGUUAUGCUGGGCGGAUUGGCGCCCCUGGUCCCGUAUCUCGGCUCCGCGGUUGCGUCCUACAAUCGCCUCAUGGGAGACAUCCAGACCCCUUCGUCCAUUGACGGCACUUCGGAUUCCGGAAUCCAGCUUGACACUGAAACCGAAAAGUCCAUCUACUUCCGGGACGUCACCUUUGAAUACCCGACUCGCCCUGGACAGCCGGCUCUGCGCAACAUCAACCUUGCCUUCCCGGCCGGAAAGCACACUGCGCUUGUCGGCCUGUCAGGAAGCGGAAAGUCGACUGUUGCAGCGCUCAUUGCACGUCUGCACGACCCAACCGAGGGAAGGAUUGAAAUGUGCGGCCAAGAUAUCCGCUCUCUCAACGUCCGCUCCCUCCGCAGCACCAUGACCUUUGUGCAGCAGCAGCCGUCGCUCUUUGACUGCUCCAUUCUCGAAAACAUUGCGCUCGGUCUCGUCAACUCACCCCGUCCGGCGCACCAGGAGCUCAAGGCCGUGCUCGACAGCCCGCUGCUCGCCGAAGCGGCCACCAAGGGACGAGACGCCCUGACGUGGGCUGCCUCGCAGGGUGCGUCCGCCGCGCGCGUCGUGGAGCUGGUCCGCGAAGCCGCCCGCAAGGCCGACGCAGCCGUGUUUGUCGAGAACCUCGCUCUGGGGUACGGAACGUCGGUCGGUCCCGGCGGCACGUUUGUCAGCGGCGGGCAGCGGCAGCGCAUCGCGCUCGCGCAGGCGCUGGUCCGCGAUCCGGAGAUCCUGAUCCUGGACGAGGCGACGGCCAGCGUCGACUCCGCAAGCGAGCGCAAGAUCCAGGCGGCGAUUGAGCGCGAGGCCGCCCACGGCAAGAGGACCAUUGUGUCCAUUGCGCACCGGCUGUCCACCAUCAAGGCGGCCGACAACAUCGUCGUCAUGGAGGCCGGCCAGGUCAUGGAGCAGGGCACGUACGAGGAGCUCAUGGCCAUUCCGGGCGGCAGGUUUGCGCACCUGAACCAGCUGCAGAAGAUGGGCGCCUCGGGAGGCCACGACGCCCCUGCUUCGCGUGCUAGUACGUCUGUCGAUGACCUCGACGACAAGGUCAGCAAGACAUCGACCGAGAUUGCUGAUGCGGACGAAAAGCCUGUCCCCAAGGCUGCUGCGAAGGAGGACGAAGCGGACGUGGAAGAUGCGAUCGCGAAGCAGCCCUUCAGCAGCGUCAUCAAGGGAGUGACCUGGCUGAUCCGGCCCUCGCUGGGGUGGUUCGCCAUUGCCCUGGUCGCCGCGGCCAUUGUCGGCGCCACGUUCUCCGGCUCCGGUCUCAUCUUUGGGUACACCGUGGGCGCGCUCAACCCGUGCCAGAACACGAUUGCCGGGAUCCUGUCCAAGGGGCGCUUCUUCGCGGGCAUGAUCUUCAUGCUCGGGUCCGUGGAGCUCUUUGCCAACUUCCUCGCGUGGCUCGGGUUCGGCAUCAUCGGCGAGCGCGUGCUCUUUGCGCUGCGCAAGCUCUCGUUCCGGUCGCUGCUAGAGCAGAACCUGGAAUGGCACGUAUCCGAGGGCCGGACGCCGACGCGCCUGCUGUCCAUCAUCACCAAGGACUGCAUGUCCAUCGGGGCGUUUAGCGGCUCUACGUUUGGCACGCUCUUCGCCGUGUGCGUCAACAUCAUCAUCGCGAUUGUGGUCUCGCACAUCUACGCCUGGAAGAUUGCGCUCGUCACGCUCGUCACGAUCCCGAUCCUGCUCGGCUGCGGCAUCAUGCAGCUGCGCAUGCUGGCGCGCUUCGAGGAGCGCCACAACGAGGCCUUUGCCACGGCCAACGCGCUCGCCACCGAAGCCAUCCAGUCCAUCCGCUCCGUCGCGACCCUGUCCCUCGAGAAGACGUACAUGAACUCGUACACGCGGCUGCUGGACCCGCCGGCCAAGCAGAUUGUGCGCUCCGCCGCGACGACCAACAUCAUGCUGGCGCUCUCCCACUCCAUCUCGGCUUUUGUCAACGGACUGACUUAUUGGUGGGGCUCGCAGCUCAUCAUGAGGGGCGAGUACUCGCAGCGCGAUCUUCUGAUUGUGCUGGUCGCCAUGCUGACAAGUGCGCAGCUUUGGGGCACCAUGUUCACGCUUGCGCCAGAGUUCUCCCGCGCCCGCCUGGCCAUUUCGCGUGUCAUGUCCAUUGUCCACAUUGGGUCUAACUUGAACCUGGACGAGUCCCGCGACGAUCAAGAGUCGUCGGGCGAGGCGAAGACGCCGAGCCCGUUUUCCCAAGAGCAGACAGGCGUGACAGUCACGUUCAAAGACGUGUCCUUUUCCUAUCCCAGCAACCCAGACGUGUCUGUCCUCGACAACGUCUCCUUUGUUGCCAAACCAAAGCAGUUCAUCGGACUGGUUGGACCUUCGGGUGCGGGCAAGAGCACCAUUAUGAACCUGGUUCAGAAGCUCUACGCCGCCACAUCUGGCAGUGUGCUGAUUGACGGGCUGGAUAUCGCCACUCUUCCGGAUUCCUUCCGCAACGUCAUUGCGCUGGUUCCCCAGGAUCCCGCGCUCUUCGAGGGCACUGUACGCCACAACGUGGCCCUCGGCGCCGUGCCCGGUCACGAGGCCACAGACGCUGAGAUUGAGGAAGCCUGCCGCACCGCCAACAUCCACCAAGAAAUCAUGGCGCUGCCGGACGGAUACAACACGGCGUGCGGCCCGUCUGCCUCGCGUCUCUCGGGCGGCCAGAGACAGCGCGUGGCGAUUGCGCGCGCGCUCGUGCGCAAACCGCGCCUGCUGCUCCUCGACGAGAGCACGAGCGCGCUCGACGCCGAGGGCGAGGCGGCGCUGCAAAAGGGCCUCGAGAGGGCCUCCCAGGGAACGACCGUGCUGGCCAUUACACAUCGCUUGCAUACGGUGCACAAGGCGGACAUGAUUCUCGUCGUCGAGGGCGGCAAGAUUGUGGACCAGGGGCGACACGCCGAGUUGGUGGAGCGGAAUGAAAGCUACAGGCUCAACGCCAUGCAGCAGAUGUUGCAGUAA